AUGGGUGCUUGUAUUGGUAAGAAAAGUUCAAAAUAUUCUAAGCGCUAUCAACCUCAAAUAACACCACCAAAAAUACAAGAUGAAGUCCUACAAAAAAAUGGAUCUUCUCCAUCAUUAGCAAAGAAAUUACAAAAUACAGAUGGUUUCAUAGACAAAAACGAUAGUGAACGUCAAAAAUCAGAACUUGAUGAAGAUAGUAUCGAUUCAGAACUUGAAAUUAUUCUUAAUGAACAAAUACUAAUCAACGAAGCACUAAGUCAACCUUUGUCAUCACGUAUUGUUUCAAUCACAGAUUCUGAACUUGAAUAUGAAUUGGCAAAUCUCAUUUAUGGACAUCCAGAAAAAGAUUAUAUAGAAAAUUCAUCUAUUUCUAUCACACGUAAACCUGAUGAUGCGUAA